CGGACACUUCCGUUGUCAUGGACACCAACAAACUUCCGGAAACAUGGCGAGACUUGAGAAACUUUACAAGCAGGUUGAUAACAUAAAAGAGCAAUAUUUUAUCCGCAACAGGAUUGCGGAGGAAAACAGACAGAAAGAGAACGAGGCUGCGGUCAGAAUUCAGAGCUGGUUCAGGGGCUGCCAGGUGAGAGCAUACCUCAGUCAUCUGCAUAAAAAUGCAACAUUAAUACAAAAAAUAUGGCGUGGAUUCACUGCAAGGGUGCUUUUCAGACAAAGGGUAAAGACAGCAUAUUUUAUCAUGAAGAUGAAUUUCUACAAUAAGAUGGCUGUCAAGAUACAGCAGAGAUGGCGGGGCUAUUAUGUGAGGAAGUAUGUACACAAUUAUUAUGCACGCAAGAGAUAUUUGGAGGGAUUGACAAGGAAGAAUGAACACAUCAGGAGAGACCUGGAGGAAUUUGCAGAGCUCCAGAGGAGAGAGAGAGAACGGAUCACUCUGGAAAAAGAGGAAAAAGAGAAAAACAUCCAGGCUCAGAGACUCCACUUCCUCCUGAGCACUAAACAGUGUCCAGGUGUUUUCAAUUCACCGUUCAGAGCAGAACCUGAUGAGAUGGAGCAGAGACUGAGAAAAGUGAAGCCGCUUCUAGUGCAAUCGGCUCCUAAAGAGAGGAAGACCCCUAAUAUAACCCCUGAACUCUUUAACCUGAUGCCAAACCGGGAGCGUCUACCACCCAUUCACAAAAAGCCACAGGGGCCCUUUCGCCCAGCUCUGGUGGUGCAGCAGCAGCGGCAGCGGCCCCUGGAGCCAAGCUUGCGCGUGGCCACAUCCAUCACUGCCCUGGAGGAGGCCAGAGAGGAGCUCAAACGGCAGGAGUGGAGGACUCGCGUCAUCGACCAGACUUUUCUUCCAUUUUCAAACACAAGCCAAAAUAAGGGGUACGAGGGCAUGAUACACACCUCCACCCCCUUUGAGCAGGUGGCAUAUGGGACCAAGCACUUCCGAGAGGAACACAAGGAGUACCUCAAGGGGAAAAAGCCCUUCAAGACCGUCUUCACUACCUGCCACGUCUUUGACAAGUUUGGACGACUGUACUCCAACGCUGGGCCUACAACUGUACGGAGCCUCCUGGCCAGCAUCGCCACCAGCACCCCGUUGAUGAAACUGAGGCACGGGCAGCAGUAAUUUGGAGAUGCAAGGGCUAUCUCUUUGAUUGCUCCUGGUCUGAGACAGGUCUUGGCUUCAACUCUGCCGUGGAGCCCAGCCAACACACACCGAAGAGAAUGAGGCACGCUGACGGCGGGACGUCCUCUUCACAGAGUGAAGCCAUAUGCAAGAGAGAGGAUAUGCCACUGAGGAGGGAAAGAAUGAAGAAGAGCGGAAAAGCUUGCUAAUGAGUAGAGACAGGGAAAAUAUGAAAAAGUCUUGUCCUCAUAUUCCUGUCUCUGGGAAAACUUUUUCCCUGGCCAGAAGGGUGUAAUAGAUAUGAAAUGUGAUUUUUCCAUUUUUUUUUUUGGAUACAUUAGAUUCUUAGUUAUACUUCUUCAGCAACAUGUAUAGAUUUACAUUUUUUUUUACAGUAGAUAUUAAAAAUGCAAUUCAUGCAUAUA